GAGAGCGAAAAGAAAAGAAAAAGGAGAAAGAAAACAAGAGCGCUGCGUGAAACCGGAUGAUUUUCUGCACUUUUUAAAGUGCGCUUCAGGGGGAUUUUUGAAAAGUUGUUUUUUUUUUUUUUUUUUUUUUUUUAAAGAAAAAAGAAAAAGAAAAAAGUGGGCAGGGAGUGUGCUCGAGGUGUCUCGUGCGCUCUGACGCGCUCUCUCUGUCUGUCUCUUUUGUGGUGGGGAACCCGGGAACCAUCCUCCUUCCAUCCAUCAGCCCUGAAGUUUAGCAUCUGUUGCUUUUGAAAGAAGGAAGGAGGGCCAAAGAAAGAAAGACAAACAAGACGCACCAAACAAAUAAAAACGGAAGAUGCGUCUCGCGCGGUGAGGGCUCGGUGCGGGUCACCUGUUGCGGGAGAAAGCAUGGGAGUGCUCAGCGCGGACCUGCGGGUCACCCUGCAGAUUCUACCCGGCUUCUUCUCCAACUGCCUGUUCUUCGUGCUCUACGACUCGGUAGUGCUCGUGAAGCGCGUCGUGUCGCUCGUGAGCCUCUCGUGCGGCGGCGGCGGCGGCGCGUGGCAGCAGCGCAUGUUGACCUCGGCCGGCGUGCGCUCCAUCUGGAACAGCUUUCUGCUGGACGCCUAUAAGCAGGUGAAAUUGGGCGAGGCGGCUCCGAACUCUAAAGUGGUGAAGGUUCCCGGGAUCUCCGGCUGCCAGUGGAGCAGCGAGGAUGGAAAGACGACGGACGAGUGUCGCCUGUUGGACUUUGAAUCGUCCGAUCGGCCCUUGGUGGUCAACUUCGGCUCGGCCAGCUGACCCCCGUUCGUGAACCAGCUGCCGGUCUUCCGGAGGCUGGUGGAGAACUUCUCGGACGUGGCGGACUUCCUGCUCGUCUACAUCGACGAGGCUCACCCGUCUGACGGAUGGGCGGGCCCACCCAUGGAACUUUUCCCGUUCGAGGUGAAGAAACACCGCAGCUUGGAGGAGCGCCUGGUGGCGGCGCAGAGGCUCGUCGAGCAUUUCUCUCUGCCGCCGCAGUGCCGGCUGGCGGCCGACUGCAUGGACAACAACGCCAACAUGGCGUACGGCGUCGCCUACGAAAGGGUGUGCAUCGUACAGAAGAAUAAAAUCACGUAUCUGGGAGGGAAGGGUCCGUUUUAUUACAACCUUAAAGAUGUACAGAACUGGCUUGAACGGAGCUACGGGAAGCGGUAAUCUCUGCUGAACGGUGGAAUGGUUUAUUUUUUUAAUAAAGGACAAGAAAAAAAAAAGAAAAAAAAAAAGAUGACGACACUUUUACACCUCUAUUGCCUCCAACGGCGACGUGAACUCUCUGGAAGUCGUCCGGAUUCUCUGAAGAUCAUCGAUGAUCGUGGGUGGAAUCCAAACAUCCCUACCUUCCUUUUUUUUUUUUUUUUUUUUUUUUUUAUAAACAACGACUACAGAGACUAAACCAAGCAUUGCACUUCGACUUUUAUACUUUGAUAGGAUGUCUCUGACAACAAACCUGUGUAUGCACUAUAAACACCUAUAAACACUAUCGAUAUCCAAGUCAUUCGCAUUAAUAGUAGUAUUACGGCGUGUGAUUCUUUCACGCUAAAUAACACGCAUCACUUUGCAGAACCAAAUUGCCGAUCCCAGAAGAAAGCACAAGCUCACAUAUAGAAGAAAUAUAAUUUAUUUUUAUCGAUGUUUAUGUUUGUUGUUUUAAAUAUGUGACAUGUUUACCUCCGGCGGUUUUUUCCCUCCAUGUUUGAAGUUGACAAUCACUCAUAUUACUUGCCAUUGUAGCCGUAUUAUCAGCUUUCGCAUGCCCGAUUAACGCUUUAGCACAUCUGCCCCAGUGGAAAAAACCAGUCUGAACCUGGCUAAAACCCAAAUAUGCUAAUUAGUUUGUCCGUUUGUCCAUAAUGUUCUACAUAGAACCCUUCAUCAUAGGCGUUUUAGAAAAGGUUCUCUUGCAAAUGUUCACAUAACCUUUGAAGAAUCUUUCUAUAUAUAUAUAUAUAUAUAUAUAUAUAUAUAUACACUGAACCCAAUUCCAAAAAAGUUGGGACGCUGUGUAAAAUGCAAAUCUCAUAAACCCAUAGGUUAUAGAAAACAUAUCAAAUGUUUAAACUGAGGAAAUAUACCAUUUUAAGAAAAAUACUAAGGUCGUUUUGAAUUUGAUGGCCGCAACACGUCUCAAAAAAGUUGGGACGGGGCAACAAAAGGCUGGAAAAGUAAAUGUUAAUAAAAAGAAACAGCUGGAAGAACAAAUAAUUAGGCUACUUGGCAGCAGGUCAGUAAGAUGAUUGUGUAUAAAGAGAGUAUCUUAGAGAGGCGGAGUCUCUCAGAAGUAAAGAGGGGAUGGAAUCUGGAUGGAAGCAAUACAGUAUGUUGCUCUAAAACCCGUAUGUACCUUUCAGCAUUGAUGGUGCCUUUCCAGAUGUGCAUGCUGCCCAUUCCAUAAGCACUAAUGCACCCUCAAACCAUCAGAGACGCAGGCUUUUCUACAGGGCGCGGAUGAUAAAUCCGGACGGUCCGUCUCCUCUUUAGUCCUCUUUAGUUUAGAGGACACGGCGUCCAUGGUUUCCAAUUAAAAGAAUUAAAAAUUUCGAUUCGUCUGACCACAGAACAGUUUUCCACUUUGCCUCAGUCCAUUUUAAAGGAGCUUUGGCCGAGAGAAGACGGCGGCGUUUCUGGAUCGUGUUCACAUAUGGCUUCUUCUUUGCAUGAUAUAACUUUAACCAGCGUUUGUGGUUGACCGUGUUCACAGACGAUGAGUUCUGGAGGUGUUUCUGAACCCACGCAGUGAUGUCCAUUACAGAAUCACGCCCGUUUUUAAAUGCAGUGCCGCCCGAGGGUCCGAAGAUCACGGAGAUUUCUCCAGAUUCUCUUAAUCUUUUGACGAUAUUAUGUACUGUAGAUGAUGAGAUAUUCAUAGUCUUUUAACACGGAGGAACAUUAUUCUGAAAUUGGUUUUUCGCAGAUCGGUGAACCUCUCUCCCAUCUUUACUUCUGAAAGACUCCGCCUCUCUAACAUACUCUUUCUAUACCCAAUCAUCAUACUGACCUGUUCCCAAUUAACCUCCAGCUGUUUCUUUUCAAUAACACUUACUUUUCCAGCCUUGUGUUGCCCCCGCCCCGACUUUUUUUUGAGACGUGUUGCGGCCAUCAAAUGAAAACCUACCCCCUCCCCCCCAUCGGAUUUCGCACAGCGUCCCAACCUUUUUUUGGAAACGGGGUUUGUAUGUGUAAGAGUUUUGAAAGAUAUUUCUGGAAAUGCAGUUUCUAUGAAGGCCAUAAAUACACGUAUAAUGACCUAUAAACACGUUCAUAAGACUUUAUAUGUGUUGUAAUUGUUCAGGAAGCUGUAUUACACUUUACAGCAAUGACUACGAUGCGUUAUAAGCAGAGCUUGGAACGCGAAGAAACGGUCGUGGUCAGCUGUGGGCUUGGUUAUUCGAUCUUUAUUACUCUAAGGAUUAUAACAAUAACAAAAAAAAGAAAUAAAUCGAUCUCAUUUUACUUUCGAGCUCACGAUUACAACUUAUUAUAAAGCUCGAGUCCAAAUACAUCCGUCAACAUUUUACACUCAGUAACGAUUUAUAAGUAUAGUAUUUGCCAAUACUAGUACAAAGUAAAAUCUAUAACCGAAUACAUUUUUAAUAGAUAAAAUAAAGCGUACAGCAUAGCGAAGGUUGCUACAAACCGUAAUGCGUCUCAUAGAUAAUAAUAAUAACAACAACGUAUAAUUACUUGGAAAUAUAUCAUGUCGUGAAUGUAUUUACGGCCUCCGUCAUAGAGAAUGUUACAUAUACGUAUAUGUUAUAUUCCGCAAAAGGAAAAAGAAGAGAAAACUGAUUCUAUAUUUGAUUCAAAGCAGGUUUUUCCUCACGGUUUUGCUUAAACAUUGCAUUUUGACGGUGAUUAUUUAUGUCCAGACAUGCACGCACACAUACACACACCUACACACGCUCAUUUGUGUCAAAGACAAACCGGUGUGUGAAUGAAGACCACUGACGAAAGGAUCCCGCGUUCCUGUCUGUGGUUGGAUGGAACAUCACACCUCUUUGUCCGGACCUGAAAUGAGCGUUCCUGUAGAUACACCCAAAUCAGCUUUGCGUAUUUACUAACAUUGCAUUUAUUUUUCUCUCCCCGAUGCACGCUGUGCACCCGGCUGCUUCCUUGCAAGUAUACAACAAUAAAGCUCAAACGUUUGCUCCCGA